GGCAAGCAGUAUCGUCGAAUUUCUCUCUCUGAGUUUUCACGUCGCUUUUAUCUUCAGCAAUGCCUGAACCUACCAAGUCCGCUCCUGCUCCGAAGAAGGGCUCCAAGAAAGCCGUGACCAAGGCGCAGAAGAAAGAUGGCAAGAAGCGCAAGCGCAGCCGCAAAGAGAGUUAUUCCAUCUACGUGUACAAGGUGCUGAAGCAGGUCCACCCGGACACGGGUAUCUCGUCCAAGGCCAUGGGCAUCAUGAACUCCUUCGUCAACGACAUCUUCGAGCGCAUCGCCGGCGAGGCUUCCCGCCUGGCCCAUUACAACAAGCGCUCCACCAUCACUUCCCGGGAGAUCCAGACGGCCGUGCGCCUGCUGCUUCCCGGGGAAUUGGCCAAGCACGCCGUGUCCGAGGGCACCAAGGCCGUCACCAAAUACACCAGCUCCAAGUAGGCUCGGGCAGUGAAAACAAACAAACAAACAAACAAACAAAAACAAAACUAACCCAAGGGCUCUUUUAAGAGCCGCCCACACUUUCAAACAAAAAGAGCUUUGACAUUGUUGGGUCGAAUGUUUUUCCCCCGGUAGGUAGAAAGUGCUCUGGUGAGGAAAGGGAGUGUAUACAUGCCAAUUUGUUGUGUAAGAGACCGAAAAGGAAAUAAAUAUGAUUGCCACCUCAAUUACCCCCCCCCCCCCCAAAUUCUCACCAGUUUUGAUCUUCAUCCAGUGUAAUUACACUUUCUGCACUGUUUACCGAGUUGCCUGGAAAGUUACUAGGCCUUUACCCCAAGCCAACACCAGCAGCUAAUUAGAUUAGCUGUAGUGGCACAAGUGUAGUGGCUUAGCACCUAAAGGUAAUCCAAAAAGAAAACAAAAAAAAAAAAAUGCUGUUUUCUGGCAACACUGUGUGCUGGCAAAACGAGAGCAUUUCAGCCAAAUUAGGUAUAGUAUCCAACAUCUCAUGGCUGCCAAUUUUAAGCCUGCAUAUAUAAAAUUGUUUUUAUUGAUUUGCUAAAAACUUUUUAACCUUAAUCGUUUAAAAAUGAAAACCUGGAAGAAAUAAUCACUACCUAUUUCA